AUGCAGUCUAUUGCUCCGGCUCAACUGCGCCCAGCCACCUCCAACCCUUUCUCUACCCCCAACGCCUCGGUCCCUCGGCUUCGCAAGGCAUCAGCAGCAUGCCGGGAAUGCAAGCGAUCCAAGGCGCGGUGUCAAAUCAGAGAUGGCGCCUCCCAGUGCUGCCGGUGUACCGAACGUCGCCUUUCGUGUGUAUUCGACUUGGAAGAAGACAAGCGGCGGAAGCUGGCUCACAAACGGAAGAUUGUAAAGCUAGAGGAGAAGCGCGAUGACCUGCUGCAGCUAGUCGAGGCACUUCAAAAUAGCUCUGACUCCAAGGCUAUUCGAGUUCUCAAUCUCAUGCGAAAGGCUUAUGCCGACCCGAAUAUUCCAAAUUCGAAAGGCGUCCAUUUUUACGAAGAAGCGCAGAAGCUCUACAAGAAGAUAGAGGGUCGGCUCGAUAUGCCAUCCAUUCAAGGAUGCGGCGUGCUGUUCGUGUGUAUGGCGGCCAUGGGUAAGAAUCGCAUUGGCUGGUGGUAUCUCGGUCAAAUUCGCAGCAUGGCUGAGCAAUACGCCAAGACCCAUCUUGACUCGCCGUCCUCGCCCCCUACCAGGGAAAGUCGCGCAAUUGAUAAUACCAUCUGGGGCAUCUACAAUCUUACAGCGUAA